GUUAGUUUGGCAAACAGGCAAAGUAUAGUAAUAUUAGGGGUGACCGGAAAACCAAUUUGCAGCAGAAGAGAAACGGAAAAAACAAGGCCUUAUUGUAAGAAUUUAGAGUUCAAUAUACAAAUACAACAAGGCAAUACCAGGUUUGAUAGCCACAGAACAGAAAACAGCACCCUCUUCCCUAGCUAGCUAGCUAGCUCCUACUCGAUUCUCUUUCUCUCAACUGAAUUUUCCUUCACCGUAAUAGCAGCUAGCUACUAACACUAAGUCACUAAUAAUAAGUAAUAACCAUAACCAUACUCUACGCUUUGGUUGUAGUUAGUUAGUUAAUUAGUUAGUUAGUUAGAUAGAAUUGUUUGUUUCUUUUAACUCUAACGGCAUAUGGCAUACCAUAACCACCACCUGUCUCAAGACCUUUCACCACUUCACCACCAACAUUUCAGUGACCAACAGCAACCUCAACCGCUCUCAGAUAACACUGCUAUACUUUCCGAGCACCUCUCCCCCACUGACCCCACCGCCAAAUCCCCCUCCGAUCCUCACCCCAACUGGCUCAACAACGCCCUUCUCCGCACCCACUACACCAACAACGACACCAACGCCACCAAUUUUCUCAACCUCCACACCGCCGCCUCUGCUGAGGGCGGAGGUGGGUUGGUGAACUGGCAGAAUGCUCGGUACAAGGCGGAGAUUCUGUCACACCCGCUUUACGAGCAGCUUCUGUCGGCACACGUGGCGUGCCUGCGGAUCGCCACGCCGGUGGACCAGUUACCAAGGAUCGACGCUCAGUUGGCUCAGUCCCAGAAUGUGGUGGCCAAGUACUCUUCCUUCGCUCACGCUCCUCUCGGCGAUGACAAAGAGCUCGACCAGUUCUUGUCACACUAUGUUUUGUUGCUCUGUUCCUUCAAAGAACAACUCCAACAACAUGUUCGUGUCCAUGCAAUGGAAGCAGUAAUGGCUUGCUGGGAGAUUGAGCAAUCCUUACAAAGUCUAACAGGAGUUUCGCCAGGGGAAGGUACCGGAGCAACAAUGUCCGAUGAUGAAGAUGACCAAGUAGACAGUGAUGCCAAUCUGUUUGAUGGUGGUUUGGAUGGUUCCGAUAGCAUGGGAUUUGGCCCUCUUGUUCCAACAGAGAAUGAGAGAUCCCUUAUGGAACGUGUAAGACAUGAAUUGAAGCAUGAACUGAAACAGGGUUAUAAGGAUAAAAUUGUGGACAUAAGAGAGGAAAUUUUGCGCAAAAGACGAGCCGGGAAACUUCCCGGGGACACCACCUCUGUUCUUAAAGCAUGGUGGCAAUCACAUUCCAAGUGGCCUUACCCUACAGAGGAAGAUAAGGCAAGGUUGGUGCAGGAAACAGGAUUGCAAUUGAAGCAGAUCAAUAAUUGGUUCAUCAACCAAAGGAAGAGGAACUGGCACAGUAAUCCUUCAACUUCUACUUCCUUGAAGAGCAAGCGCAAAAGGUGAUAAUAGUGCUGAAUGAUACAUGUAAAUGGAGGGAAACUGAGGAAUCAAUCAUUGGCUAUGUACUGUGUUAGUGCAUGGCAAUGGAUUCAAGGAAAGGCAAUCACUUUUGGCUGCUUCUGUUCAUGGAACAUCUAUGUUUGUUUACACUAUAAGGAGCAAAUAUUUGGAGGCCUUCAGCACCUUUGAAGCAUGAAAAUUAGGGAGCUCAAUUAGGAACUAUACGGCGACAUAUAUGAUUUCUAAUCACAAUUUAAUGACUUUGAAUUAUAUAUAGUAAGGGGUCGGGAUUAUAGGGGUACAGUAAUAAUCUGUGCAUUUUGAUCUUGAAGUUGGUAUUUCGUUCCUAUAUGUGAAGGUCAUUUUCUUGCAGAAAAUGAUAUAUAGUUAUUAUAUACUAUAUAGUACGUAUUUACUUUUUAAUUUUUAUACUUAAAUGAUGAUAGAUGCCUAGAUGGUAUGGGUUUCGCAUGAUGCUUCUUCAGGUGAUCGUAAAGUCAUAAUCAUGGCAUGAAACAACUUGAGUGAAUUAGAAGGGUGAAAACAAAGUUCAUAAUUUUUUUUAACCCGUGUGUGGUUGGAGGAUAUCUACAUAUUGGUAUUUGUGCUUUGUUUUGAGGGGUGGGACAAAUUUCUUUUAUACAUGCUAUGCGACCAAACUAUAUAUUAUUUAGUUGAGGAAUGUAUAUGUAUUUUUUUAAUA